UUGUCUCUGCCAUAUCUAACUAUCGAGUAUUUCUACUUGUCAUUGUCAUAUUCCGCUUCUAAUACAAAAGUCAUGUUUCGCAACCAAUAUGAUAGUGAUGUUACCGUGUGGAGUCCUCAAGGACGUCUGCAUCAGGUGGAGUAUGCCAUGGAAGCCGUGAAGCUCGGCACGGCUACUGUGGGGCUAAAGAAUCGAGACACCGCUGUGCUCGUAGCCCUGUGCAAGCCGGCAUCGGAGCUGUCGGCUUCCCAACGCAAGAUUAUCCCCAUCGACGACCACUUGGGUAUAUCCAUUGCUGGCAUAACUGCGGAUGCCCGUGUGCUUAGCAAGUACUUGCGUGCGGAGUGCCUGAACUACAAACACUCUUACGACUUCACUUACCCGGUGACCCGCUUGAUCACGAACCUGGGCAACAAAAUGCAGACCACCACUCAGCGCUACGAUCGCCGUCCGUAUGGCGUGGGCCUGCUCGUCGCCGGCUACGAUGAGAAGGGGCCGCACAUCUAUCAGGUCACUCCGUCGGCGACCUUUUUUAAUUGCAAGGCCAAUUCCAUUGGAUCGCGUUCACAAAGCGCACGCACCUAUUUGGACCGCAAUCUGAACAGUUUCUUGGACUGUUCCAAGGAUGACAUCAUCUGUCAUGGCAUCAACGCCAUUCUGGGUACCCUGCCCACUGAUGAGCACCAGAGCCGCGACACUCCAUCCCAGUAUAGCAUAACUGUGGCCAUCGUCGGCAAGAAUCAGCCCUUCAAAAUUCUCUCGGAGGAGGAGAACGCCAAGUAUCUCGAAUGGGCUAAGGCAAGGGGUGCUCCUGCUGAUCCGCGCAGACCUGGCGACGAUGAUGACGACGAUAAUCGCCCGUCCACAUCGGAUGACCCUGAUGCCGGUCCAAGGGAUCCUCAAGUUGCUGUAGCCACGGAGGAGCGUUAAUCACACAGGAGUUCGAAGUCGUCUUAAGCAUUCAAAAUGUUGGAUGGGAGGUUAAAAUAAACUUUGUAAUGCAUUUGCAUAUUUCUUAAAACGGAA